GCCAGUCCACUCGGGCUACUAUAUCGGAUCGCACUGCGCCGGUGUCGGACGUAGCCACUAUCGUUCUUUUUUUCUUUCGUAAAUCAUCAAUAAACAAUCGGCAUUUAUUUUUUUAACAAAACAAGUGACUGUUGACAAUCUAAGUGCGAGUGCCAGUGACAUUGCAUCAGUUGACGAAUAAAAAAAUGUGUUAAAAAGUUUUAAAUUGACAAGUGAGCAUGUGUGGUGCUGUAUUUAUUAAUAUGCGAAUGGAUUGCUACCGCUGCGAUAUAGUUUGACACAUGAUGACCUGACAAAUCAAGAUAAUUAUCAGUAAAUGAUGGAGUUGUCACAGGCUCAUUAGGACGGAAGAAGGGUGCAAAAAACAGAAGAAUGAUAGAAGUGGAUCCGCAAAGUACACAAUACAUCAUAAGCAACGAUGCAAAAAGUGAUAAAUUAUAGCAAGUCAACGAUAGUGUUGAUGAAAAUGGAUGAGAUACGCUUAGAGUUGACUUGACUGGUGCUAAAUCUACAACAGUUGAUGAACAUUGUGAAAGUGACAGUGUUUUUGUAUUGACUGCAGUGAGUGAAGGACUAGAUGAUGUUGAAGUGUUAGGACUUAAAAUAAUGCCAGAUCGGGAGUCGGUAGGAGGUCCAGGGACAGCGGGCAGCGGUGGUUUUUUGCCUCUACAGUUCCCGUCUGCUUUUGCAGCCUUCCAUGCGACGACGCCCCCUGGUGGUGCACCUACGGCAGCCAUGCAUCACGCUACGCAUUAUCAUCAUCAUGCCCAGUUAGCCGCAGCAGCAGCAGCGGCUGCUGGAGCUACCAGCGAGCUGAGCUAUCUCCUGCAUCCAGCUUACCGUCCCGUGCCAUACGACCACCCCCUGUACGGGGCUAAUGCCUUAAGAGGACUAGAGUACUUAAGUGCUGCGAGGAGUUUACACCCGGAGCUUCAUGCUGGUAGCACGCUCGCCAGCCAAGACUUCCAGCUUAGUUUAGAAGGAUCUAGAAUAGCCUCCCCAACCCGUCUCAGGCUGUCCGGCGGUGCUAUUGGUGCAUCAGCCAACCGCAAGAGGGCGGUGUCUUGGAGCCCGUACUCCGCGGAGUCGUUAGACCUGGCUGCUGUCAUCAGAGCCUCUCCCGCCAGUCUGGCGGUGAGAGCGCCAUCUGCUGCAUCCACUGGGAGCUAUGGACAUCUUAGUGCAGGUGCGAUAUCGCCCGCGCUAUCUCUCUCCCACGCGUCUCUCGCACAGCAACUCCUCGCUCGAGGGGGUGUGGUGGGGGGCAGCGGGGUGCUAGCGGGCGGGGUGCUCAUGGACCCUGCGCAUCAGCAGGCGGCAGCGGCGGCGGCGCACCAUGCGGCGCACGCGCAUCUGGUCGCUGGUAUUCAUAGAUCUCACAUCUCAUCGCCGACGCAGCUGCUCAUAGGCGCGCCAGUUGACGUCAGACCAGGCCUGGGGUUAGACGGCACCCCUCCACAACAUAUGCAGCAACCACCCCAGCAGCCUGAGGUCACCAGCAUCAUGGAAGCUGACAGUGCGUCAACGAUAACGCAACGAAAGUCACCCCAGAGCCUGAUGUCUCAUCGAGACAACAUGCACAGCAACAAGCCUUUGUCAGCGGCCGCCGAGAGCACUGUCCACGACGGUCUGGACUCCAAGGAUGAGCCUGGAGACUUUAUUGAGACCAACUGUCAUUGGGUGGACUGCAAACUUGAGUUCCCGACACAGGAUGACUUAGUAAAACACAUCAACACGGACCACAUCCACGCCAGCAAGAAGGCCUUUGUAUGCCGAUGGGUAGGCUGUUCCAGAGAUGAGAAACCCUUCAAGGCUCAAUACAUGCUGGUGGUACAUAUGAGGAGGCACACGGGGGAGAAACCUCAUAAGUGUACUUUCGAGGGUUGUUGCAAAGCCUACUCCCGAUUGGAAAACCUAAAGACCCAUCUCCGAAGUCAUACGGGCGAGAAACCUUACACCUGCGAAUACCCUGGAUGCGCCAAGGCCUUCUCCAACGCUAGUGAUCGAGCUAAGCACCAGAAUCGGACGCAUAGUAAUGAGAAACCAUAUGUGUGCAAAGCGCCCGGUUGUACCAAGAGGUACACUGAUCCUUCAUCCCUUCGGAAGCACGUGAAAACCGUCCAUGGUGCUGAGUUCUAUGCCAGUAAGAAACACAAAGGCUGCAGCCGCGGAGACGACUCCGCAGAAUCAGGGGGCGGGGGGGCUGGCUCCUCCCCGCGAUCAGAAGAGGGGGGCAUGCCCCCCGGCGCGAGGGGACACACGUCCUCCGCGUCGGUCAAGAGCGAGAGCCCUGCUUCGCCGCUGCCUCUGGCGUUGCACACUCCUGCGCAUCAGGUAUGCUGGAACAACAUGAGGCUUUAUCUUUCAGCUCAAUGUGGUGGAGAACUGGACUUUGGCGGUUCUGGUCUCGGUGGAUUUAGUGAUGAAAAUGGCGCCCCUUACUUCAGAUUAGAUGGAGAGGUGGAACAAGAAGUAGUGGGUGAAGUGGGCCAGCUACCGCUGAUGUUGCGAGCGAUGGUGGCGAUAGGGGAGCCGCGGACGCACCACCACACCCCCCGGUUUGGGAACAACAAGAUGGGGGUGGGGAGGCUGAUGCCGCCUGCGCAUGUCGGCGAUAUUGGUGGGGGUGGAGUGCCAGGCCGGACGGAAUUAGGCAACACUAACGUAGCGGUGGAACUCAAAACUGGGCUUCCGAAUACAAGAAGAGACUCGGGAAUUUCUUCCGGGAGCAGCCUUUACAGUGCCAGGUCGUCUGACAUCUCCCGCAAGAGCAGCCAAGCGUCAGUUGUGUCGGGCGCGGUGGCGGCGCCGCAGCGCGUCGUGGCGCAACACAAUGCGGUCUACGACCAGCUCUCGCCUGAUAGCAGUCGAAGAUCUAGUCAAGUUUCGUGCGUGGGGUAUGCGCCGGCGCCGUCGUCCGCGCUCGCCGCCGUCCAGGCUGUCAGGACCUCUCAAGGGAACCAGUUUUUGCCACAGGCUGUCUUGCUCCGCGGCGUGACCUGCUCUGAAGUGAGGGCCGAGGAGUUGGCCCUGGAGCUGGACCCCAAUGUCCAGGUGAAGGAAGAAGCCAGGAGGCUCUCGGAGCAGUCCAACCUCAGCGACCCGGCGCAGGCAUACCAGCCCUACCCGUGUGGAGCUGAUGAUGUGGGCGACGCCGCGUUCCCGUUCAAAACCGAAGACGACCACGACACCGUCACGUACAAGGACUCCCGGUCCAACUCCACCGCCACCGUGGUCAUCACCACCGCCCAGGUCCACCAUCCCAACCAAGAAGUUAACUUGGAACAGGUUGCAGAAGGUGAAAUGGUGGAAAACAAGCUGGUGAUCCCAGACGAAAUGAUGCAAUAUCUUAACCAAUCAAUAUUGGCAACCGAAUCGGCGGCACCAGCUCAGACCGACUCCACCAAAGCGCCUGAAGAAACCAGUCAGGAUAGCGAUGCCACCAAAGACAAUGACGCCCAAAACGCGAACAACACCAGUGACAAAAUCAGUGACGUAGCCACCAGUGACGAUUCUCUACUCAAAAACCUAGGUGCCAUAGGAAGUGAUCUCAAUAUCAGUGAUAUCCCAGUCGAUUUAAGGUCUUUAGACGUUAGCAUGUCGGGCAACAGCGGCUCUCUCCUAGCUACAAAGUCCCCGGAUGACAAGAACCCCCUUCAAGAGCAAAUCAUACCUGAAGUACCAAAUGAGAAGUGUGAACAGGAAUACACCAAACCCGUGACCAGUCACAUCAACACGAAUAAUCCGUUACAGUCACUGCAGACGAUGGCGGCGAAUCAGACGGAGCAGUCGAACCGUAUGAGGAUGAACGCUCUACCUCAAAAACAAACUUCAAUAAGCCCAAAGACUAUGGUGACCACCCCUCAAAAUGUGCUGAGUCCACAGAACAUAGCUCAUAGCAUGUUGAGUCCGCAAAGUCUGCCGCAUAGUGCGAUGAGUCCUCAAAGUGUUAUGAGCCCUCAUCAUAUUCCUCACAACGUCAUGAGCCCACCGAGCGUGUAUAAUGUCAUGAGUCCUCAAAGCGUCAUGAGUGUCAUGUCUCCUCAACACAAUGCUAUGAGCCCCCAAAGUAUGCAGAGCAUGAUGAGCCCUCAAAUGUCUAACCAAAUGAUGAUGAGUCCACGCCACAAUAACAUGGGCAGCCCUAUGUCCCAGAACAUGGGAGGACAGAUGGUCAAUAUGGCAAGUCCGAUGGCGCAAAACAUAGCAAGUCCUAUGAGCCAUGGCAUGCCGAGCCCGAUGCAUCCAGGACUGCAGAGCCCCAUGUCACAAGGAGUACCCAGUCCCAUGGUACAAAACAUGUCGAAUAUGACGAUGAAUUCUCCGGGGCAAAACCAGAAUCAAAACGUAAUGAUGAACAUGAACCAACAGCAGCAAAUGCAGCAGAUACCAGGAAACUACAUAAACAAUCGACAAAAUUGCAACCCCAAGAUGCCCAAUAGAACCAACGUCCCUAAUCAGUAUCAGAACCACAACUACAAUCAAGCCCCGCCGUACCCGAUGCAGAAUCAACAGAAUAUGAACAGGAGUCAGAAUAUGCAACAGUAUCCGAUGAUGCAGCAGUACAAUCAAAACCAAAUGAUGCAUCAGAUGCCACCGAAUCAGCCAAAUAUGGUUUACAAUAACCAGAUGAUGAACUAUCAGCAACCUAUGAACUAUCCAAACCAAAGCAACCAGAUGCAUCCCAUGCAAAUGUCGAGGUCCUCGAUGAUGAGUGUGGACAACAGCGGGAACAUGAGUCGAGGGGCGAUGAACAGUUACUGUGAACCGCAGAAUCCUCAGUACAACCAAAACAUGCACUACCCACAACCGCCUCCUUACAAUUCUGUUGUAAACGCUGCAAAUGUCAUGGGUCCUCCGCCUCCUAAAAAUAAUCACCAAUACAACCAAGCGAUGAUGAACAACAACCAAUAUUAUAAUCACCAGCGGCCGUAUAACCAGUGGGACUAUCCUGGUAAUCAGUUCAACAAGCAUAACGUGCAAAAAUCGGUUCAGAACUCUGUGAACAUGUCGACUGGAAGUCAAAAGCCUAACGGGGUCAGAGCAUCGAUGAAUUGCAACCAGAUGAUCAAGAAUAUGGGGGAGCAGCAGCAGACUGAUUGUAGUAUGAACAGUUUGAGGAGCCAAAACAAUCAGCCCAGCGAUGUCCAGGUCUGGGACAUCUCCCAAUCGCAGAUUGAAGCUAAUAACGGUAGGAAGAAGAACCAAAAUGGCAUGAGACAAGAAACCUACCAACGGACUUUGGAGUACGUGGAAAGUUGUGAGAACUGGAAGAGUUCAGAAAUGGUUUCCAGCAGCACCCACCCUUUACAAGGUGGCGACAACAUGGUUGUGAACGAUCUCCAGACAUCGUUGUCUUCGUUUUAUGAAGAAAACCAAUACCUCCAAAUGAUUCAAUAGAUUGUAGUUUUGGUAACUUUUCGGCAACUGAUGGUGCAAAUAGAAAUAAUGGUUGUAUAAAUCUCUCGUGGAGACUGACUAAUUUUAAAAUUAUUCUAAAUUUAUAUCGAUUAAAAAGUACAUUAGCUCUAAAAGUUAUUUUUAAAAGACAUACACGCAACCUUUUUUGAAUAUUGUAAAUAUUGUUCAACGUCUUCCACUGUUGGUUUAAGUACAAUAUUUUAUCAUUUACUUACGCAUUUAUAUUACUAUAGGUAAGAUUUAGUAUGUGCCUUCAAUGUACAUUUGUACAUAAUAUUUUAAGAUUUAAACUAUUGUCAACGAAUGAAUUUCUCAAUGUGCCUGUAACCAGAUUUUUAAUAUUGACUUGAAAACUUGUUAGUACUACACUGUAGAAACAUUNAAAAUAUUUUUAUCUACGACAUUAUUAUGCUAAGUGCGCCUUCGAGAUUAUUAGGUAGAUAAACAAAAUUGUACAAAUAGACAUUUUCUAGAAUUUUUACAGUGUUGUUAAAGUUUUUAGUUAUAAUGAUUGACUUAUGAAUAUUAUUAUAUCGAAUAGUGUGUAUACUUAAAGCAAUAUCAUAGUUUCAAAACUUCUGAAGACAGAAUCUCCUAGCUUAAAUUUUAUAUUGAGAUUACUAGUUUAUAAGUAAUUGUUAAUUAUUUUUUAUUUAAUUACGAUAAAUGUCGACGCACAAAUAAUUGUAAUAGAACAAGGAAUUUGUAUUUUGUAAUAAAUUAUUGUUUUUACUGUUUGUAAAAGAAUGAUUGUAGACAUCUGUGACAAUAUUUUAAUGAAAUUAUCAAAUAAAA